CAUUGCAACCUUUACCCUUGCAACCCAACGUAGAUUCUCGUAGCCGUUAUUUACUAGCGUGUUUAUAACGUGAAAAUUCAUUUGACAAGCAAAAAUACAAUAUUCGUCGGUUCGAAAGAAGCCGUGGAAUGCAGGACUCAAAUAAUGUGAAGCUCGUGGUCGACUGCGAAGGCGAAACCCCAUCGAUACGAUCCAUUUAACAAAAAUAUAUGGCCGUACAUCAGUGGACGAAAAUGGCGAAGUGAACCAAUUUUAACAAAAUACCACGAAAUGCGUUGAGCAGUCGGCCAGAUAACGUGAUGGGAGUGGAUAGCAGUGCUUGAUAAGCCCAAUGGGACGCAGCUGCAUUGCGUGCUUUUCUUUCGAUACUGAAAUUUUGCCAGAAUGUUAUGAAAGGUUUAAGUGAUAUAUACAUUUUAGUUAAGUUCUAAAGAUGUCAAGGGGAUAUGGCAAGUACCGGCGGGGAGGAAGUUCACACGCGAGUUUUCACUUCGACAACCUGUUCAAGGAAAAUGCGAACAAGCCUUCGGCAGCCAGAUCGGCUGCCACUGUUGGGAAGUGGGGCAUAACCUCUUUCACCUCAAUCCGCACCGUCAAUGAAAACGACAAGCUCGCCUCCUCCGAGGGCGACUCCGCCCCCAAGCCCAAGAAGUUCUUCAAGAGCCGCAACACCGACCCGCCCGACCUCCCCUCCUCCUACAAGACUUCCGCCGACAUGACUUACGGCAGCGUGACGAAGAAACUCAAGGUCGUCGACGACCCCGCCGACAGGAGCACAAAGACCGUGCCUCGGAAAUUCUUCUCGUCGAAGAACUCGCCCGAAAAGACUGUACUAAGUUCAAAUGUAAAUAACUCUAAGCGAAACGAAACGAAACCUCCAAUAGUUUUAAGGAUAUGUAGAGGGAAAUCUCAGCUGGUGAACGACUCGGACGAGUCCGAGAGCACGCCGACGCCCUCCAGCACGCCGUCGACGUCGAACGCGACGUCGCCGCGGGCGCUCAAGGACACGGCGCAGCGGUCGCCGAACUGCCGGAUCACGCGGUCGGCGCGCCGCAGCAUGCAGCAGGACCCGAGCAGCAGCCCCGCCACCGCCGACACCCCGGGGGAGUUCUCGCUGUUCACGUCGCCCAAGCAGGACAUGGACCUGUCGCCGCAGUACAUCCCGGCGGAGAAGUACGAGCUGGAGAGGAAGGCCAUGUACGAUAAUUUGCUGAGGCCGAACUCGCCGACGAUGGCGGAGCAGGGGGAGGAGGCGGCGGGGCACGGGAUUGACCUGGUGGAGGAUAUCCUCUUGAAGAGGGACGAAUUGAAGGAAGACCCAGUGGAAUUCUACAAGAAGGAGUCGAGCGAAGACAGCGAAGACAAAAGCCAGCCGAGCAUAGAUCAAGAAGAAGAAGAAGAAACGCGGCAAGAAGAAGAAAUCAUGAUUAAAGAAGCCACGGAAGAGGCGAUCGUGGCACUAGCAAGACAAGACGACCCGGUGACCAAAGGCUCCAUAGAGGAGGAGUGGGACACCGACUCGGACAGCAACAGCACCUCCGGCGAGCCGAAGAACUCCAUCGACGAGAACGAGCCCUCGCAGCCCCUCACCGACGACCACAAGGACGAAUCAACCGAAGACAAACAAGAGGAAGCGACGCCUCCAGUGAAACUCGUAAUAUCCAAGAAAAAAGGGAGUAUUUUUAAAAGUAGACCUUUAGUAACCGACGUGACGAAAAAAAGACGCGCGUUAUAUAAACACAAGUGGAGUGACGAUAAAGAUGGAAAUCAAAAGACUAACGACAAUUCAGGAAGCAAUAAUACGAAUAGUUCGGUGUACGACGAAUUCGGGUUUAACGACGACCCUCUGACCAGGGUGACGGUGGCGGGCGCCGACGACGAGGAGGAGAGCGUGACGAGCAUAAAAUGCACGAAGAGCGACAAAGGGUAUUAUACGGUUGUUAGAAAUGUCAAGAAGGCGCACCAGAUUCAGGAAAUCGGGGAGUUUCAAGAGUUCAACGACGACGUGGAGUACAUCCUAGACGCGUUGCAGGACAACAACCCGAUCAGCACGCGGUGUCUGUCGGCGAUCACUCUAGCCUCCAAGUGCAUGGUUCCCGCUUUCCGGAUGCACGUGCGCGCCCACGGGACCGUCGCUAAGUUCUUCAAGGCACUACAUGACGCUACCAAAGACCAGAGCCUGGGCUUGUGCACGGCGACGGUGAUGUUCGUCCUGAGCCAGGACCGCCUCAACAUGGACCUAGACCGCGAUUGCCUCGAGCUGAUGCUGAACCUCCUCGAAUCGGACGUGACUUACCAGCAGGCGCUCGACGAGUGCGGGCUGAGCUCGGCGCAACUCGAGAAGAACAAGCAAAAGGUGAGGGAGCUGUGCGCCGAAAUCCAGAGCCAAGGUCACGCCAUGCACCUGAAUCUCGACAACAUCACCGUGGGCCAGCUCGCGAUGGAGACGCUGCUGAGCUUGACGUCGAAGCGGGCCGGGGAGUGGUUCAAGGAGGAGCUGCGGGAGCUGGGCGGGCUGGAGCACAUCAUGAAGACGAUAUGCGAGUGCUGUAGGCAAGUUUCGGAUUACGUGGUGUCGUGGACGGACGUCUUGUUGGAUAAACUGCGCAAGGUCGACAGGUGUCUGCGGGUUUUGGAGAACGUGACGCAUAACAAUGAAGAGAAUCAAACGUACCUGUUAAAAUAUAAUGAUGGAGUGAUUUUAGAUACACUUGUUAAUUUGUACAAAUUGUGUGAUGGCGAAAUACCUCUGUAUCCAGUGACUGACAUUACGGACAAGGAGUCGACGGGGACUAUUAUUAGGGAGGCGCUGCUUGUUACUUUAAAAGUAUUAAUAAAUUUAACUCAUCAUUUCAGUAGGCAAUCUAUGGGAAGCUCGCUCAUUGGCUCCAGACCGGGGAUUAUUGAGACGAGUUUGCACCUGCUUCUUCAAGUACCCCACUAUAUCCCCGAGCAGAAGAAGUUUGAAUUAGGAGUGCUGGUUCUAAUGUUGCUGAUUAACCUGAUACAAGACAACGAUCCGAACAAAAAACUAUUAAUGGAAGCGAAGGCGCCGGCAAAACUCGAAAGUAUAUAUUCUCGCGAAGAAAGCGCGGUGGAGGCCUUGAUCGCCCAGUUCUACCAUUGGGAAGGCUGCGCAAAAAUAGCGGAAAAGCGCACCAACGCCAUCUUGGACGGCGAGAAGGACGCAGACAGCGCACCCGUGGCUUACAAGUCGAACGAAGAAUUCAUAGAAGAAACCGUCGCAAAAUUACUCCAGAAGGCUGGCACCCACAUGGAAUACACAUUUUUGGCUUCUUACAUCGUAAUGCUUACUGGAUUUUUAAUAAUGGACAACAAGGAAUACCAGUACAACGUCCGCCAGUUUCUACGAGGGAACAAUUUCGCCGACAUGGUGGAACUUUUGAAAAAAUUCUUCAAUUUUAUGAAUCUAACCGCAUCGACUGAAGCCUCCAGCGUCUGCGCAAUUAAAGCCACCGAGAAAGUGAUCAAGUUUCUGGAGGAGUGUGACAGUCCGCCGGCCGAAGAAAAAGAAAAGACGAGUUACGCAGAAUGCAUGGAUCUUAGUUACACAAUGGCACACUAGCAUUUACUUGUAAAGAAUCAGUUUUGGUAAAUCGUAAGGACGUUCGCAAAUUGGUGGUUCCCCGAGAGCACAUCGUUAGUACUUACAGUUUACUGAAAUCACUAGUAGGUGGAGAAGUUUACAAAAAUAGUCAUACUACCUAGAUUUGAUCUUAGAUUACUGAACUGAAAUAUUUCAGAUUUAUAUUUUAUAUUUGUUUUUGUUAGUAUUAUUAAGUGCUAAGUUCAAGCAAUUAUUAUGUUAAGGUUCAGUAUAAAGUUUUAUAUUUUUAUCACAUACUUUAUUUUUACAAUUCAUUGUGUACAUAAUGUCUAUUGUAAAUGUUUUUAUUUAUUUCUUUAUUGUCAAAUCACCAUAAUGUUACUGGAUUGUUUAAUAUAAUGUAAAUAAUAAAUACUGAUACUUUUUAAAA